AUGACGUUUGUUUAUGGAGACCCUGUAUUAGAAAGAAGAGAACAAGUUUGGGAACGUCUUACGCGUUUCUCAACAACAAGAAAUGGACCUUGGUUCAUGAUAGGAGAUUUUAAUGAAAUAACAUGUCAUGAUGAGAAAGCAGGAGGACGACAACGCCCUGAUAGUUCUUUUCUUCCUUUUAAGCAGAUGCUUAAUGAUUGUGGUAUGCUGGAAUUUCCUUUCACAGGUGAGAUGCUUUCUUGGGUGGGGAAGAGGGCAGGAGGAUCAACAGUCCGAUGUCGUUUAGACAGAGCUGUAGGAAAUGCAGACUGGCAUGAGAAGUUUCCCCACUCGGCUGUAAAGUAUAUGAGGCUAUGGGGAUCGGACCAUCGUCCGAUUCUUGCAGACAUACUCAUAAAGCCCACGAGAAGAUCCAAAAAGUUUAAGUUUGACAAAAGAUGGCUGGAUAAUGAAGAGCUACGGCAAGUUAUCCUUGAGGGAUGGAAAUCCCCUGAUCUCCCCCCCAAUGCGUCUAUCAUGGAACAUAUUUCCAGCUGCAGGAGAGCAUUGAGUGAAUGGCGAAGGCAAAAUAAUGUCAAUUCGGCAAAAUUAGUGGAGGAGCUUAAAGAAAAAGUUGAAGGUUUGUAUGCACAUGAUAGUGCCACAACUGAGGAAAUUGCAGCAGCCUUAAAGGAACUCUCAGAUGCCCUUAAAGCAGAAGAGAUAAGAGCAAGGAAUAAGAUCACACAGCUCUUGGAUGAGAAUGGAAAUGUUGUUGAGGAUGAAGAAGGACUAGUAGCCAUUGCUACUAGCUAUUUUAGGCAGAUUUUUGAAUCAUCGAAUCAGGAGGAAAUUGAGGAGGCGCUAGCUCAAGUUCCAACAACGAUCACUGGUGAUAUGAAUGCUAACCUUACAGCCCCGAUCUCUGAAUGGGAAGUCAAAUUAGCGCUUUUUGCCAUGCAUCCAGAGAAGGCUCCAGGACCAGAUGGGAUGACUGCACUUUUUUACCAGAAAUUCUGGGACAUAGUAAAAGAGGAUCUAACUCUUAUGGUUAAUAAUUUCCUCUUUGAGGGGGUGGUGGCGAAAGGACUGAAUGAUACAAAUAUAUGUCUCAUCCCGAAGGUAAUGAAGCCAAAUGCGAUGGCUCAGUUUAGGCCCAUUAGUAUGUGCAAUGUCAGCUACAAGAUUAUCUCUAAAGUCUUAUGCCAGAGGUUAAAAAAAGUACUACCAGGCUUGAUAUCAGAAAUCCAGUCAGCCUUUGUUGCUGGGAGACAGAUUUCUGAUAAUGUUAUGAUCGCUCAGGAAAUGUUCCACGCAUUGCGAACGAAGCCAAGUGGACGGAAUAAAAGGAUGGCCAUCAAGACAGACAUGAGCAAAGCAUAUGAUAGGAUGGAGUGGUCUUUUAUUGAAGUUGUCCUGCGUAAGAUGGGUUUCUCAGAAAUUUGGAUCAGCUGGGUCAUGCGAUGCAUUACAUCGGUGAAAUAUAAGGUUCUCAUGAAUGGAGAACCAAGAGGAAAUAUUACUCCAGAAGUUAUGAAAGUAGUCAGAAGAUAUGGCAAGGCAUCUGGUCAAUGUAUCAACUUUGACAAAUCGUCCUUACUCUUCGGUAAGCGGAUUAAUGCAACUACUAGACAAGAGAUUAAAGAUGCACUUGGGAUACAGAAUGAAGGUGGAAUGGGAACAUACUUGGGCAUUCCCGAAGACAUAAGUGGAUCUAAAUGCAAGCUUUUUGCAUUCCUGAAAGAUAAGCUGAUGCAUAGAGUGAAUGGAUGGACAGGUAGAUGGCUCUCAAAAGGUGGAAAGGAGGUGUUGAUCAAAUCCAUCCUGCUUGCUCUUCCGACAUACGUCAUGUCGACUUUCCUGCUCCCAUUGGAGAUAUGUGAAAAUUUAGCUAGUGCCAUCGCCCAGUUCUGGUGGAGCUCGAAUCCACCUAAGAGAGGAAUACACUGGGCAAAAUGGGAAAAAGUGUGCCUACCAAGAGAGGAGGGUGGAAUUGGUUUCCGAAUGAUCCAUGAGUUCAAUCUGGCUCUUCUGGCUAAGCAAAUGUGGAGACUAGUACAGGUCCCUAAUUCUCUGGUCGCUAGAGUUUUACGGGGAAGAUAUUAUAAUUUGAGCUCUCCCUUGAGAGUAAACGCUGUGACUAGCCCAUCAUAUGUGUGGACUAGCAUUUCUGCUGCAAGAAAAUUGCUACUACUGGGUAUUAGGCAGAAGAAACAUUCAGGCUAUGAAGUUAAGGUGUGGGUGGAUCCAUGGAUCCCAUUGAGCCCCGCGAGGCCUGCUGUCCCCAUAGCUCCAGUGAUGCAUCCUAAUAUGAGAAUAAGCGAUCUUAUUGAUCAGGAAUCAAAGGAUUGGGAUGUGGGACUAUUGGAGAAUUAUGUUCAUCUUGCGGAUAUACCAUUCAUAAGGAGUUUGGCAAUAAGUUCAACUCAUCGUCGUGAUACCUUCUGCUGGGACUUUACAAGGAAUGGACAAUACACGGUCAAAUCUGGAUAUUGGGUGGCCCAGAAUCUAUUAAAGAUAACAGAGGAAAAGGAUGUUUUAGAGCCUAGUAUUACAAAGCUCCAAGCCUUUGCGUGGAAAUUAAAGGCUCCUACGAAGAUAUGUCAUCUUAUAUGGCAGUUGGUAACUGGUCACGUGGCAGUAACGAGGAACUUAAUUAGACGCAAUAUGAGGUGUGAUAAUUACUGCCCAAGAUGUGGAGAAGUGGAGGAGACCGUCACACAUGCAAUUUUUGAAUGUCCACCAGCUCUUCAAGCAUGGUCUUUAUCAUCAACUCCGACAGGCCCAAAUAUUUUCCCGGUUUCGAGCGUCUACACAAAUAUGGAUUAUCUAUUCUGGAGGAAGAAUAGUAUCAUUGGGCCAGAGUAUGAUAGGGAUCCAUAUCCCUGGAUAAUAUGGUACAUUUGGAAGGCUAGGAAUGAAAAACUCUUUAGGGGAACAGACAGAGAUCCAUUGGAACUAGUUAGACAUGCAGAGAGUGAAUGCCAAGCUUGGUUUGAUGCGAAUGAUGUGGUACAAACUGAGGCACAAGAUAAUAUAAGUGAGGAACCCCAAGUCGUACGCUUGAGGAAUAUUUGCUUGUUAGAUGGCUCUUGGACAUCUUCUGCUAACUUUAGUGGAAGCGGAUGGGCAUGGAUGGAUAGCUCUGGGGAGACUCAACUUAUGGGAGCAAGGAACCUUCCCCGACGUGAAUCAGCCUUACACUCGGAAGUAGAAGCACUACGGUGGGCGAUGGAGAACAUGCUACAAUAUUCGACCUGUCAGAGCUUUGGAACAGAUUGUAAGGAACUGAUUGCAAUGAUCUGGAUAGAUCCGAAGAGCAAACAAAGGGGAAACUCUGAACUCCACCACAUUGAAGCGCCACCCCCAGCCAUCACCGAAGAGGUGCUCACGCCAGACCCAAGACAUCCGCCUAGGCAUAACCUCACGAAGGAGAAUAUGCACACGCCGAAAAGAGAUGCCACUAAUGAGACGUCGCACCCUGACCACCGCACUUGA